AUCUCGACCGUCAUGUCAACCAGACGCGCUCAAAUCGAUGCGCUCGAGAAGGAAAUACUUCGUGGAGAACAACGCUUGCAAGGGCUUCGGCGAAGACUGGACGUGCUGCGUGCCGAGGCCGUCUAUCCAGUUCUUUCUUUGCCAACAGAAAUCACAACUGAGAUCUUCUGUCAUUGUGCACUCGCAUUCCCAAAGACCGCUCCGCUAACUCUGGUCAGAGUGUGUUCAUCAUGGAGGGCCGUUGCUAUGGAGACUCCUUUACUAUGGUCCACAGUAUCCCUUCUAUGGGACCGUCAUGCAAACGAUCGCGAUGUGGUGGAGUUUCUAGAGACGUUUGUCGAACGAGCGGCACAUUGUGUAUUAGACCUGGAACUGACCGUUCUAUCUCCUGUCAUUGACAUCGCAAAGAUGGUGGGCUUCAUAACUGCGCUGAAACGGUGCUCGCCUCAAAUGCGGACCUGGACAGUGAAAAUGCCAGGCGCCUUCGCCACUGGAUUCAACAGUCUCAUCCUCAACAGAUUCCCAGACUUGGGGUUUUCUGCCUUGGAAGAACUUACUUUCAUCCGCACCGGAGAAAACUGGGAUGUUCCAUCCAUCGACAUAUUCCAACCUCCUGCAGCUCCCAAGCUUUCGCGGGUGUCGCUAUCUAGUCUCCCGCCUACGGAGUUAAAUCUCGAGGCAGGCUGGCAGAAUGUGUUCGAUUUUGUCGCUGAAGACGUUGCCUUGGUCCAGUGCUUGCAUACUCUCCAGGAAACAACCAGACUAAAAUCCUGCAUUCUUCGCGAUCUGAUAUUCGACCCAAACGGCUCAGCAGCCCACGCCCCUACUCCCCUCGGCAACUUUUUCCUCCAGCCACUCACCCUCGAUUCGCUCACACGGCUGACUCUCAUCGGGGGAAACGCCAUACAGCUUCUGCGAUUCGCCUCCUUCCCUAUGUUGGAUAGCCUCGAGCUGGUGGAUGUGGUUCACGGACUAGACGAUGUGCUUGACCACUUUUUCGAACGGUCGCUCUGUCCCCUCCAACACCUCACUAUCCGCCCCCUGGCCUCCGACCAUGAUUCCACCGUCUCGAUUCACCUCUCUAUGACAUUUGGCGUGCUUCCCAUCUCAACACUAUCUAUCUCCCAUCCGUCCACAUCCCUUACCAUCGCGCUCCUCCAACCCGAGGCACUGGAGACACCCAAGUUCCUCCCCUACCUCCGCAGCUUGGCGUUGUACGACUGCCCUGCUGCCAAAUUCCCGUCAUUCGUGGCGGCUGUCGGCGAGCAACUAGAAAGACGCGUCUCCACUGCCGGCCUAAACUCUUCUGUAGAGACGAUUCGCGUCAUUUCUGGGCGUCCAUAUCCAUAUUUGCCCAAAGUGAAUGAUGAGAUGUUGGCACCGCUUGAUCGACUGCGCAAACGAGGGAUACAGAUUGAGGUGGGAGAAUUUGGGCCAGCUGGAUAG